GUGCGGAUUAAUAACAUAUACUAUUUGAUUCUUUUCCAACAGAUUCCUAGUUAUAUUUCAUCGUCUUUAGGUUCAAUACCCAAGGUCGCAUCCAAGAGAGACCGUUUACAUGUCAUGUCCAGCGAGCUGAAAACAUCAUUUGAACUAGAACCUAAUCCGUUCGAAAGAUCUUUUGCUCCAGAGAAGGAACAAUCUCAAAAUUCUGGUCCUGGGGCAAAUGGUACCAACAGACAUAAUUUACGUAUUCCUAAUAUUUCUAGCUUGAAUGGUGGGGGCACGACGGGUGCUAAUGCAGGACCUACUAGUGGGAGUAAACUUCCGGGGAUAACUCCCACCGGAUAUACUCCUGGUGAGAGGAAACUUCCACCAUUGGGACUUUCACCUGGAGGGUUAUCUAACCCAGGAACUCCAGGAAGUAAUCUUUGGAAUAGCUUACUUAAUGCUACUAGUCAUCCAGGAGGAACCACAACCCAUCUUAAUAAGGGGAAUAAUACCAAUUCAAAUGGAAUGCAUUCAUCAAUGGUGGUCGGAAAUAAUAUCAAUUCCGGGGGUGGGUCUCCACCAGUGGAUACUACUGGACAUCCACAUUACAACCAAAAUUUUAAUCAAUUUGUAAAUACUUUACGUAAAACUGGUCUUACUCCCAAUGAAUCUAAUAUUAGGUCUGGUUAUACUCCUGGUGGUGCUACAGGAUUCCCCUUUGGUGCAACCCUGUUACCCGGAUUGACCACUCCCAGUGGAUUACUUAAUAGUCCCAUGACUCCUGGUUUAUCAUCCUUAUUGGGGAUAACAGGACCACCACAGGGUCAACCAAUACAUACACAGGUACAACCACAAGCCCAACAACAGCAACAGCAGAAUGGGACAACGGUGGCUCCACCAGGACCUGCUCCAUCUGUAAUGGUCUCAACCGCUUCAAACGUUGCUACCUCUGCUCCAAGUGGACCUCCUGAACCAGUAUCUCAACAUCCUCAAGAAGAUCAAACUGUAAAUUCGCAAGCAAAUGUACAAAGUCAAUCAACUCCAGUAUCCAAAUCUGUUACCAAGGAAGAAAUUCCUCUGUCAAAGAAAAAAUCUGAGCUGAAAAAGAGAAAGCUUGCAGCCACAACAGCCAAACCAACAACUACUUCUGUAGAUUCAACUAUAGUCAGUACCGAUGGUCCUUCUGCAUCUAAGAAGAAGAAAAAUAAUGCCACAUCAGGUCAAAGUGGUGCUUUGAAAAGCUCACCACAAGAAAAGAGUAAGAAACCCCCAGCGGUGAAGGAUUCAUCAUCUCCAAGGUUUAAAAAUGAAGGAGAUACCUCUGGAGAUCUUGCGGAUGAAGGCACAGAAGAGGAUAAACGGAAAGUUUUCCUUGAGAGAAAUCGAGUGGCAGCUUCAAAAUGUAGACAAAGAAAGAAGCAACUUAUUCAAAAAAUGGAGGAUGAACUUGCAUUUUUCUCCAAUGGAUAUCGUGAGGUAUCUGCUCAAGUAUCGCAACUUCGGUCCCAAUUGCUCACCUUACAUGACCUUGUAGCUGGCCACAAGGACUGUCCUGUAUUUGUUAAUCUGGCAGGUGGGUAUGAGAACCUCAACAACAUCCUUCAACAAACUGCUUUUCUCUCUCAAAUUAGUGGGAAUAACGCUAAUACCACGUCUAUACCCAGUACCAUUCUCACCACCUUGAAUUCGAGUAAUUCUGUUCCUAGACAAACUCAAUUUGAUUAUAUGAAGGGACAACAACAGCAACAACAGCAACAGCAGCAACAACAGCAGCAACAACAACAAAUCCAGGCGUCAAACCCUCACAUACAAGCCGUUCCACAACAAAUGCCACAGCAAAUUCCACAACAUCUCCAACAACAAAUUCCUCCACAAGUCCAACAACAGCUUCAACAACUGCAACAAAGACAACCAUCUAUUUCAUCGCAACAAGUCGGUGCAGGUGUAAAUUCCACACCAACGUCUGUAAAUGGAGCCAAUGGAAGAAGAUCUACAGUUGGAUCUUCUGAUUCCCUUCCAACUUCAACAUAUGUAACUGGUCCGAUGUCAUCACAAGUUCCUGCGGUCGGAUCAACCCCUGCUUUAUCCACAUCACAUGGUAGACUUAACAAGGGAGUUGACCAGGUUUCAGUCAACCCUGGCCUGGACCUUCGCCCAGUGCAUUCAAUGACAAACUUAGUAGGCUCUGGCCAAAGAAACAAUCAUGUUGUAGAGUCAGAGUUUUCAUUAAGACCGGUGGCAAGCAUGGUUGAUCUUUCUCAACAACUGCAGCAAGUACACACACAACAACCACAACAACAGCCUCAGAAUUCCACGGGCUACGAUCAAAUCAAUCAUGGGUAUGAUCAGCUGAAUGUCCUACACAUGGGACAUGCUUAG